AAUGUGGUCGUAACAGCAAUGUGCGGCGCGACGUGACCCGUCUUAUCAGCAAAACAACCUCAAACCUGAAGAGCAACAUGAAUUCCAGCAGGAUAGAUGCAGAACUUGAUGGAGUGUUUCUGGAGAACUACACCAUCGACUAUACAGACUAUGAGUACAAGCCGGAUGAGGAGUUUGCAAAGGGAAAAGCUGUGUGGAUCCCAGUUGUGUACUUCUUGAUAACAAUUGUAGGUCUUCUUGGAAACGGUUUGAUUGUGGCCGUCCUUGCUCAGAAGCGGAAAGCUUGGAGAACGUCCGACGUUCUUGUGCUUAACCUGUGUGUGGUGGACAUCCUGCUGCUGCUGACCCUGCCUGUGUGGGCAGUACAGGCCACUAUAAGUGUCAGCAAUCCUCCCUGCAGGUUCAUCGCGGCCGUUUUUAAUAUCAACUACUUCUUUGGAUUCUUGCUACUGGUCUGCAUCAGUUUGGAUCUUUAUCUGUCCAUCAUCCACACAAAGGGCCUGUUCUUCCUCAAUACUCCGUGCAACGCUCAGAUCGGCUGCGCGGUGGCCUGGCUGGCCGCUCUGCUCCUCACCAUCCCAGAUUUGGGUGCCACCGAGGUUAAAAAAGCUCCAGUGGAGGUGGAUAGAACCCUGUGUGUUCCCAGCUUUUAUCUUCCCGACUGGCAGCGACCAUCGCGCCUGAUUCAUCACCUCCUGAGCCUUGCAGGCGUCCUGGUCGUCUGCUUCUCCAGCGGCCUUCUCUGGGUUCAGCAGAGCAGUAAAAGUCUCAUAAAGCGGAAGAGCGUGAAGAUCGUUCAGCUGCUGGCUGCUGUUUUCAUGCUCUGCUGGAUUCCCUACAGCGUCGUCCUCCUGGUGGACACUGCCCGGGGCAGCGAGAAGAACCCUGAGGAAAGUGGCAGCUCGCAGAACAAAAGUCUGGCAGUCACCGCGGCCCUUGGCUGCCUUCACGCCUGCCUUCGACCACUGCUCUAUCUCAGCCUCUGCAAAAAAUUUAGAAAUCAGGCCCUUGCGACCCUCCGGUGCAAAAGGACAGAAUUCAAAGGCUCCAUGUGGGAGUUGGGCGUCGGCGAGAGCCCUUUGGUGUGCCAGAAUGUUGACAAGGACGAGAUCAAGCAGUUUACAGUCGAAAAUCAGGUCAAGUCAACCUAGUGCCGAUGCCUCAUGUGACAAUUGGUGACAAAAGGGAAUUUUACAGCCAGAAAUGGAUCAGGAUUACUCAGUAGCGGUGCUUCAUGAAUGUGUAUAAAUGGGCCUGUCACAUGAAGGUCAGGCUCCUUCACUUUCCUCUGAAUCAGGAAGUAGUUCCGUAGUCUCCUCUUUAACAUUAUGUAUCCACUAUACACUUGGAGACAGGGUCUGUUGGGUGACCUUUUCUGUACUUUUUUGUUUUAUAUAUUUCAAAAUAAAUGAUAUAGUUAUGCGAUAGGUGAAGCAAUGCAGUGCGGUACAAGCUACUCAUGAGCCCUGUGGCAUUUAAAGAAAGUUGAGGUAGUGGACGACAAUCGCCCAGGACAGGGAGAGAUGGAUGAGACUUGUCUUUUCACACGAGGAGUUAUUUUCAAUGUUACGAGAGGAAUUGAGGCCGCCUAAUGUAUACUGUGUAGGCCACCAUUUAACUGCCAAACCCGAAGCGAGUUGAAGAAACUACGAUGAAGAAGGUGGUGAGAAAAUGGACUGUGUGAUGUGAAUCAAAAAAAAAGAAAAAAGGGUUCAGAAAACGGACGGUUGUUUUGAGGAUUUUUUGUUGCCAGGGUGAGUCAGGGUGCACAUGUUUGAGUGGGCAAUUGUCUGAAGCUGAAUUUAGUUGUAUCUACGUACCCACCUGAAAUAUUGUCUUCUGUAUUCUCUACAGUAGCUGGUUUGUCAGGUUGUCGGGGGCUCCGUUAUUUGACUCCUUCUUUACACCACAGAGUACCAACCUUUGAAACGGACCAACACUGAACCGUGUGAAGUGGAGUCAUCUCAGUUGAAAGCGUGCAAAAUUGUUAUCAGCCAACAAUCGCUCCGUGAUUCGAUCAAGGAUACAAGCAACUGAAAUGAUUUCCCUUCACAUGGUUGAGCUCAGUCAUCUGCCGGAGGCUCGGAGUAGAUCAGCUGUUUCUCAAUUGGGAAAUGUGUCAGUGAAGGUUGAACAGAUAUAUCUUUUUUUAUUUUUAUUUUUAACUGAGUAGGAGGACACGUCAGUGCACUCUGAAAUGAUGAGGUCACAAUGUCAAGUAUCAGUUCAUUUGUGUCGUACUCUGAGAACAUUGUGAGCGUUUUACUCUCAAAAAGGACUGACCUUUUUGCUGUAUGUGUCAUGUGACUGCUCACCAGCCCUGUCAGACUGACGCAAUGUUUCCUAUAGCAGUGGAAUUAUGUGUGAUGACAAAUAGCUAUUCACACUUGAGGAAGGCGUUUAUGUCACUAUUAUAAAUACGUUUAUUGGAAUUUUGCUUAUUUAUUUUUCAACAAAGUGGAAGGGUGGUUACAAUCUAACAUCUGAAAAACAUGACUUUCUGUUUUUCAGUUCGCCGCAACUGUUUAAACAUGGUCAUGUGCACACUUUCGACUGGAGUUUCUGUUUGGUUAAUUCAGUCACUCACUCAGCAGUGACAAGUUUAACAAGUUAUUAUUGGAGCUGUGUGACUAUAACUGGUCUGUUACUUUGCUUGUGAAUUGAAAGAAAAGUUUUGAAAUGUGUGGUCAGUUUAAAGGUGUAAGUGAGAUGUUUAAAUUUUGAUAGUUCGAAAUCCCGUCCGACAAAAGUCUAGUGCCAAAAUGUGUUUCUUAUUGUUUAGCAUUUCAUUUUAGAAUGAAUCAAGUCUGGUUUUCUAGUGAGGGCUGCAAGGUUUAGAUGUAAACCUUUUAAAGAACUGCGGGUAAUAAUAAUUGGAAUUGUUGACCUGCACACCCACAGUCAGUUCUUGUUUGUGUUGGAUCCAUUGCAAAUGAUCUGGUAUUCUAAAUAAGAAAUCAAUGUAGGAGAUAGAAGAUAUCCGACAAUAUAGAGGACGGGGCUCAUAACUCGCCAGUUACAGAUUCAAAAACCCAAUUGCUAUCAUGUCGUGAAUACGUUCGUCUCAUUUAUACCGAUUACUUCUGCCUGGAAGCACGGAGUGUAUCAGGAACCUUAUAAAAUGUCCAAAAACCAGUGUAAGCUCGACAAAUCUAUUUGUGUAAACAACUCUCUGCUUCUAAUUCAGCAUUGCACUUUUGUUUGUACCACUCUUUGAUGUUUUUUAAUCAUUAUUUUAUGUGGCAUCACUUCCACAAAAGUGAAUACUCUUACUUUGAAUUGUGUUUUUUAACUUUGCUUUUUAUCUGUCAUAUUCACAAGUGUGUAUGUGGAAUUAUAUACAGGGGAAUUGAUGCUCCAGUUUUUGGCGCUUACACAAUCAUUGUUCUACAAAUGACAUUUAUGAGAUGAAUGUUACUUUAUGUUUCCAUCAGUAUUGCUACAUGUGCUUGAAAACACGCAUAGACUUUGGUGUGGUUGACAUGUUUUUCUAUUAA